CGUCUGCAGCAAAUGAAUGCAGGAUGAAGAAGACAUCAGGAAGAGUCACCAGUUGCUGUGUAGCUCUGUUCUUCACCCUGACCUCUGUGUCGGCUGUACAAAAGCGCCACUCAAUCAAUGGUUUAAAGAACAUCGACUUUGAGCAAUCCGUACCAAAGCACAGUCUUGUGCUGCUCUACUGGUUUGCCAACACAGUCAGCAUUGACAACAACAAUGUCAUAUGGCUGACCUUUGACCCAAACGGAGAUUACGGCUCACAUCGUUAUUACAAUGAAGAGAAUCUGUUGAGCUCCGCCCCACUGUCUCGGGGAUACAAGUACUACACUAUUGGCAAUCUCAAUCGAGACACACCAGUGCCAUUUCCACAUUACGUUUUCAAUCCCCCGAUCCCAGAGUACGUGGAAACAAACAUGGACAGGAUCAUCAUUUGUGUCAGGGAGCAGAACAGUGGAUGGGGAGCUUUGCAAAGGAUAGACCAAGUGUACAUCACACAGCAUCGUGAAAAUCAGAGGACAUAUGAUCGAGAACACACCUACCAGAUCACCACUAACCUCUUAAGGCAGAUCAGAGAGUUUUCUGUGGGACAAAACCAACAGCAACUGCAGCGUCUCAGAAACGACUAUGGAAGUAACGCUGACGAUUCCAGCAUCAGAAAGACAUGGGGUGACCUUGCUGGACUUGCGCUACUGUUGUUUAUUGUGAUUCAGGAAAAGUACUCCUCUACCCAACACAACCGACACGAAAACGGAAGAAAUCAAUUGGAUGGUGACUCUUCAGAGAGCAAGAGUAAUGAUUCUAGAGAUUUCAGAAACCAAGAUGAGUCUGUAGUGUAUUUCCACAAUGACGAAGAGGACCACCAAGCCAUUAGGAUGAUUGCAAACAGAAAAUCAGGCGGUUACCACACCUUAAAACCCCGGAAGAACACCCAGAGGUCACCAUGUUGUAUUUGUUGUAUUGUCUCCAUAGUUUUAAUUUCACUGUGUGUUAUAGGAGCUCUUUUGUAUUAUUUUAUGAAAAAAUAAAACUAUUUAGACUUUGGUAAAAUGCUGCACAGCAGUUGGAAUACAAAGUGGGAAGAGUGUAAAUACAACAAAUGAAGAUGUAAAAGUUGAUAUGGCAACACAUUAAGGUGCAAAAAGGAGCAAAUUCAAAAUAUAUACAAUACUAAAUUCAGGUGAACAGUAUGGCUCAUAAAAUAUAAACAGGUUAACAGCAGGGAUCUGUGUAGGUUGGGUUGCAUAAAGAUAUGCAUGUAAAGUAUCAAAUCUUAAGUAUAGGUGGUGCAAGAGUACAUAGUUAAUACAGAAUGCUCAUGAUUAUGUCCUAAUGUCCCAUGAGUCAGUUGUGAGUAGUUGAGUUGUAAUCUGAAACAUCUGAUGUAGUACAACAUCUUCAUUUUGGAGAAAUAGCCAAGAAAAUCCCAAACUUCCUCACAUUAACCCCACUAGAGAAACUGGCAGUCCUCCUGGGUGAAGGGACAACAGCUCCUUUGGGAGCUAGCUAGCUCCUUUUAGUCCCUCAGCCUGAGGGAUUAACAGCUAAUAUCAUAUUGUAGCGGACUAUGUUGUAUUGUGUAGUAUCAAAAAUGGACUGCAGAAGUACAAUUUAGAACCUGUACAUAGCACCUGUGUAUUAACUAUGUACAUGUAAUGAAUAAAUGUAAAAAUAUGAUUGUUAUUUUCUUUUAUCUUAU